UUUGCACCAACAGAAGAUUCGUUCGGAUGGUUGAAAACAGGCCUUAUUUCAUGGUUCGGAAAGAAAUCGUCUUUAUACACAGCAAACAACAUGGAAGAUGCUGAAUUAUUUCAGGAGAACCACAAGGGAUGAACGAAACUCUAUGAAGAAUUUAACUUCACAAGAACUACUGCCAACAAAUUAGCAAAAGACACUGAGAACAUUUACAAUGUGGAGUAUAAAGUUACAGCCGCAGACAGGAAACAAAGGGAAUCUGAAUAACUGCCCCAAUUUGUACUCGCUUCCCCCACCCCAACCUCUAACACCUUGAUGAUAACCCUGAUAAGUGGUUUAUUUAUAGACAAGGAAUUCUAGGGUUGCUGGAUUUUCUUCUUGGAACUGAAGAUUUUAAAACAAAAAGAUGAACUUCAAUAGUUCCUGCUCAACGCAACAAGAAUUAUUCAUAAUCAGUUUCAAUUCUGAAUUGUAAUGUGCAAAAAUAAAUCAUCAAUGUGAGAAAGCUCACUAUAGUUUUCUUCUUUAAAUAGAAAUGGACAUCGAUUGAAGAAAUUUCAAAUGGAAAGCGAUUAUUGCAACAUUCCUUCACAGCAUUGCAGCAUGUCAACAAGUAAAGCAACAAGUCCGCGAUACAGAACAUUAUACAAUGACAAUUCCUCCCAGUCAUAUAUGGUGUCUACCAAAGAGAAACCACAAGUGGAUGUAUCUUCUGCAAUGAACAGUGCCACGAGGAAAAGGCAGCAAUUUUUUAGUAAUCCUAACCCUUGGAAAGGUAAAAUGAACAGCCCUGAAUCUCCCAAACAGGGUAACAGAAGACCCUGCCACUCUGUACAGUAUGCCAAUCCUCAGCGAACUCUGUUAAACACUAAACAAAAACACAGAACACUAACCAUCGACAAUACUGUCAACGGCAACUUUGAGCAGGUGUCUGACGAGGACAACAUUUAUGAGAAUUUGGAUACAUAUUGGCAUCAGGCACGCUUUCUGAGAUGUAAUGAUAAAACAGUCACCUACACAACUCCAUCUGAACUUUUUGUCAGUGAAGAGAGAAGAAAGCCACUGAGUAAAACCCAAAUGCAGAUGGCCGAUUCUUCAAACCCACAGCCACCACCGCUCCCUGUAAAGAUUCGAAGGCAAAGGUUUGCAGCUGUGAUGAGUGGAAGCAUCUCAGACUUGGAUUUGAGCAGUCCCUGCUCACAACAGCCAAUCUCAACUUCACAAGACUCUGCAAUAUUCAACUCAGAAGAAUCCAUUAGUAGUAUAGACUCAGACUGCAGGAUCUAUGUUAAUCUGGCAGAAGUCCAAUCCAGUACAACAACUACAAAGACUCUCCAAAGUGUGAAUGAAGUAUUAAUGGCCUCCCAAGGAAAGUCGGUUGAUGAGACAUCUCCUGACAAUUCAAAGCCACCACCUCUUCCAAAGAAGAAACUCAACAGGACCAAUUCAGCUCCUGGUGGAAGUCAGCUUGGUUUAACAAGAAGUCUUCCAGGCUCUCCUGGCUUUCAAAUAAGUAACCCACUGUAUGGUAUCUAUGAAGGAAAAACCAGUUUCAGUACACCUAGCAGUCCAAUGAACACUGAUGAAAAAUUCAAUCUUUCCAUUCAUGCCAGUAGUAGAAGGGCAGGAAUGAUGAAAUCCAGGAGUUUGGAUGGAGCUACCAGCUACUACCAUGGCAGCAAUCUUCAGGCAGAUAUAGAGAAGUUGAGCUUUUGCAACUCAGAUCGGGAAUUACAGAAGUGGUAUAACUUUGAAAAUCAGGCGGACAUUUUCAAAACUUUUGCCAGUCGUUGUGUGAUGUUACUGAAGUGCAUUUGUGCAAAAUACAACUCUUUCUUCACGGAUGACAAGAAGGCGAAGAUAAAAUUUACUGAGAAGGACUGGCAAGACCUUAAGCUGCCAUGUGACAAACCCUGCUGCGACUCUAAGGAGGCCAUUUACUACAGGCUCCAGUGCACACUCCAGCCAGAGAAUGAGUUUGCUUUAAAGAUCAUCAAAACUCUGAACCAAGAAGCCUUGCAGAUGCAGUCUCGUGGCCUUUCUGCUCAGGAAAGCCUCCCCUUCCAUUUCAACGUACAAAUGGUGUGCGGCCACUUUGUUGCCAUGAUUCCAACUAAACUCUUGCCUGCUGAAGAUGCAGCGUUGAGUCCUGGUGACUCAGAAGUGGAAAAGAAUGAGACUGGGCCAGAUGCUGAGUCAGAAAUCCCUGAAACCCAGCCAGAUGACGAUACAGCACAAAGGCCUCAAGGUGUGAUCAUUACACAGGAGGUUCCCUACCAAACCAUGGCAGAAUUUGUAAAAGAUUCAGAGGCUCUCCAUGAGUCCCAGGCUGAUGUCUAUGAACGUCACAUAUGCCUUCUCCUUCUGCAGUUGUGUCUAGGGUUGGAACACUUGAAAAAUCAUAACAUUACGCAUUGUGACCUCCGUCUGGAAAACCUGCUGUUGGUUAAAGUGGCUGAGCCAGGAGGCAAAGAACAAAGUACUAAUCCUCAGCUGCUGAGACUUAUCAUCAGCAACUUCUCCAAAGCUAAGCAAAAGAGUACAGCGAUUGAUCAAAAACUGCACCCAGACCAGGUUCGGUUAGCACCCGAAAUGAUGUCUGCAUCCCAGUACAAAAAGGUUGAUGAGUUUCAAUUGGGCAUUUUGAUCUAUGAGGUGCUGCACAUGUCAAACCCUAUUGAGAGCAUUUCAAGUCAAAAGUAUUAUGAAGAAUACAGUGCAGGAGACCUGCCUCAGAUUCGCCUGUUAUCUGUUUAUUCUGAAAGGCUUCAACAUCUUGCCCAUUUACUCUUGUGUGCAGAUCCUAAUAAAAGAAUACAUAUCAGUGAAGCAAAACACAUCUUACAGGCCUUACUCUGGGGUCCAGACCAGAAUGUGUUCAGUCUGAACACUGGAUUGAAAGACCCACCUCUGUUGCUGAAAAACUGGUUGGAUGUGAAACGUAUUUUGCUAAUGCUGAAUUAUGGGGAAAGGUUUCUAAAUGAUGAGAAGCCAGUAAAACUGGAAGACUGGCUUUGCUGCCAGUACUUUGCAUUCGCUACUCCUGACUCAGUGUUUCAAGCAGUAUGGGGGCUACAGAUUCUACUGGAAGAAGGGUGUUGAAUAAGAAAAUGAAGCCAAUACAAGUAUCCAUUGAUGAAUGAGGUUUAUACUGCAAAUAAUAAAUUGUCGUUUUUCUCUUGCACUAGAACAAAAACAACUUAUAGUUAUACUAUGUCAAGUUAUAUUACAUAUUAUAGGCUGAUUGAAUUUGAUUAAACUGCCUCAAGCUUUAUUUAGACACUUAUGUUCUAUGAAACAGGAAUUGACAUUGUGAGUGAUGAAAUGUAACUAUCACACAUUAAUCUAUUAAAAAGUAGUUCCCAAAAAGUUCCGAUCUUUCCCUAACAGAUGAGUAGAUUAAACACACCGUCUUGUGAGGCACUUAUCUAUGUAGCGCUCCACUUCCAAAACCAUGGGCUAAGUUUAAUUGAUCUCUUUUAGGACUUUAUUCAAGUCAUGCUACGAGCCCUCAAAAAGAUAGGAUAAGAUCGGGCGACCUUCUCAGUGCUGAUAGCUGUUGACAAAAUUUGCUGUGAAUUCAAAGCAUAUGUAUAUUGGUUAGUGGCAGAUGCAGUUGUGAUGCCUCCUACAGGCAAUUGGCCUAACAGCAUUCACUCUAUGGAUCCCAAUACAGCAUUAACAAAUAAUUAUUUACAUGCGUGAUUAGAAAGCUGCCAGUAUUCAUUUGACUAAAUGUGCCGAAUGAAUGUACAUGCAUUCUUAAAAAGAGUGAAGCUGGAGAGUGCAUUUCUUUCCAAACCUUCAGGUUUGUUUAAGUUACAGUACAUAAUCAAGUAUAUCGUUGGUUAAGCCACAAUAAUUCUUUGAACCUCUGCCAAUAUCAAAGGUUAAGAGUGUAAAUGCUCACUACUGUUGUUCCCUGCUAAGCAUCAAUAACAAGUGUAAUUAUAUAAAAUGAUCAAGUCUUCUCAUGCAUUCAGUAAUUUCCAUUUUAGCUUGCUGCACCUGGAUAGUAACUAUAGUCAGAUAUUUGCACAAUAAGUAAUUGCACUGUCAGGCAUCUUGAACCCCAUCACAACUAAUCACUGCAAAAUUAAAAUAAAUGAUGAGUAAAGUCUUGAUUGAAAAGGCUUAGUCAAUCUGUUCCACAGUUCUUCAACUUGUGGUUUCCAACAACUUUCAAAUUUUCUUUUAUGCACAUUCAUUGGAUGUGAACAUUGCUGGUGAGGGCAGGAUUUGAGAGCCAAUCCUUAGUUUGUGAGAAGAUUUGUAGCUCGGGUGCUCGUUGUUGUGGUUCUGUUCGCCGAGCUGGGAAUUUGUGUAGCA